AUGACUGAAAAGCCUUGGUGUAAUCCUGCAUACAGCAAAGAUCUUCCAGAACCACUGCAUACUGCGUGUACUGCAAAUGCCCUGUCAGGCAGAGAGUAUUUUAGUACAUAGACAAGUUGCAGAGUUACAGGUUUCUGACCAUGUGUUUGUAUAAACUCGUGCAGUUUAAGACUGACUUUAUCGGUUGCUUAUUAAAUGGGUCUCUUGAACCCCAUGAUCAUACCUACUUCUGAAAUUCUUCAGUGAAAACGGAGCACAAUGUGAGAGCCUAGCGUCUCUGCAUCAGAAAUUUUCUUCUUGGCAAGUAGAUGCCCCGUGCAACUUAAAAUGAGGACGAUGGAUUCUUUGUUGGAUGAAGAAAGGAAAUGCGAUUAUGCAUUUUGAGGUAUCUGCGAUGGACUGGCUGGAUCUGGACCUGUAUGAGGAUUACAAAUCUCCCUUUGAUUUUAAUUCUGGAGUUAAUAGGAGCUACCUCUACUUGUCCCCCAGCUUGACUUUGUCUCCACCCGAAUCUCCUGUGCUGAAGAAUUCUGGUCUGCUGAAACAUGAAACCAUUCCUGAAAUUGGAGAGGAUGCAGCUGCUUCAGUAACUGUUACAGAAACUCUGUCUGAAGAAGAACAGGAGGAACUCAGAAAGGAGCUUGCUAAGGUAGAAGAAGAAAUCCAGACUCUUUCCCAAGUGCUAGCUGCUAAAGAGAAAUACCUAGCAGAAAUAAAGAGAAAAUUGGGAAUCAGUACAUUGCAGGAGCUGAAACAGAACCUUUCCAAAGGGUGGCAGGAUGUAACGGCAACACAUGCGUAUAAGAAGACUUCAGAAACAUUGUCUCAGGCUGGGCAGAAAGCUUCUGCUGCUUUCUCAACUGUUGGCUCUGCCAUAACCAAGAAGCUGGAAGACGUGAAAGUACAGGCAUUUACACAUUCUUUUAGUAUUCGUUGUCUACAGCAUUCAAUUAGCAUGCCUGCUAUGAGGAAUUCUCCAACUUUCAAGUCAUUUGAAGAGAGAGUUGAAAAUUUAAAGUAUAAGGUUGGGGUAAACAAGCCCGCUGGAGGUGACUUUGGAGAGGUCUUGAACUCUGCUGCCAAUGCCAGUGCCACAGAAGCUACUACAAAACAGACGGAAGAGGAUACUCAGUGAUUGUCUUGUCUACUUCCUGCUACCCACUGCCAGAUGCUGCAAGCAGAUGCUAAAGCACAACACCUCUGCUGUUGACUCUUCCAAGAUGUGCUUCUCUUUAGCACUUAGCUUUGUAGCUAUUUAAUAUGUAGUUCAUGUAGGCUCAGAGUAUUUUUUGAGAGACACUAUCUGCCUCUGUUACCUUCAGGAAGGGAUUUUUUUUCCACAUUUUGAGUAUUUGAAAGAUAUAUUCCUAGUCUUAAGUCAUCACGAUGACAGUUAAGAAGUUAAGAGUUUCAGCAUGAUAUGUAUUGGAUGCUGUGAUGAAUAGUGGUUGGUUCUUGUCCCAUUAAAGUCUGCUCCAUUUACUUCACUGCCAACACUGAAAAGGCCUCAUCAAUCAUCAGUGUGAAAAGCUUUUGAAAUAGUCUUGUUGCAAGAACUUCCCGUGACAGAAGAAGACUGUCGGCUUCAGUUCAUCAGUGUAAACUUUGACCAAAUAACAUGCAUGUAGUUAUAAUUGCUGGCACUUAAUUAAAUGGUUCCAACUUAAUAUACAACAUUAUUUUAAUGAAGUUACUGUGAACAAAUUUAUCUUAAGCGUUUUUCCUAAUUGUUCCCCAUACAACAUUUUGCUCUUUGAUAUCGCAGGCGCAAUUAACUCCGUUCCGUAUUUAACUGUUGACUGUUACAGAAGUUAAGUGGAGUUACCAGAUAGGAUGCCUGAUAAUAUGAAUUGUGUAGGCUGAAAGUAACACAGCAAACGGCUGACUAAGUAACACAGCUGACUAAAAAGCAUCAUGCUGGUAACAAGUACAGUGAUAAGAUUUUUAAUUAUCCCUCAUUGACUUGAAAGUAUUACAGCUGGGCCGUUCUUUUUUCUGGCACUUAAUCUAAACAUUAAUCUAAACAUUAAUCUACCCCCAUUGCCAAUUAAAUGGUGGAGGUGUUAUUAUGGUACCAGCAGUUCUUCUACAUAUAUAUGGGUUGGUGAACUUGACACCUUGGGCAAAUGCACACUGGGAUGGAGGUGAUGCAUACCUGGUUUCUGAAUUUGUACCAGUGGGAGAGGGUCCUGCAGAGAAGUUGAAUUUUAAAAUUGGCAGACAGUACGAAUGAAAGCUGAAAACAUAAUAAUAGAUAUUCUAAUGAUGGGAAAGCAACUAGAA